CUAGUGUCUUUGGUUAUACGGUGCUUAAAAUGUCUAAAACUAUUUUUGUUCGUCUCUUGUGUUUCCUCUAGACUUCAAUCGCAGGACGGAAACUAAAAGUCAUCGCUGAUUAAAGUCUGGCAGUGGCAUUAAGGAGUAGAUUGAAAUUGAGCGGAAAUUAGAUAAAAUCUGUGGCUUGCUAAAUUAAUUACAAGAUUAAUAAGGGCUAUGUAGAACAACUUGAAAUUAUGUGUCCAACAGGUUAAUUUCAGUUGAGAUAGUGGCGCCCUCUGUCAGGCAAGCUUAAUUUUUAAAAAUCCCAAUUAUCGUAUUUCAAUAAUUCGUUCUUAGCAACCCUUACAUUUUUGAUGGAAUGGAAACCGCGCAACCGUUUCCCAGGUGAACUCCGUGCGACCGUCCACAGCAAUCGAAUGAAUGUUAGCCAAAGAUAGCAGGGGUACACUGCGAUAAGUUUCAUAUGACACCUGAUAGCAAUCUGUCAACCAUAAAUUUGGGAUUCGGUGGCCCAAACAAAAGCUCCAACGACCACAACAAAUGACGGUGUGGAAAAUGCAAUUGCCAGCGCAGCCGGCGCAGCGAAAACAGGUGAACUCGUCGGAAACCAGGAAUGUCCUUCAAGGAUGUGCGAGAUCUGGGGGAACAUCUUAAGCUGUUGGGGUUCCCGCGCGUGUUUCCCCUCCAAUCCCUGGCCAAUCAGCAUGGCAGCCUGGCCAGUUUCCACAUAGUUGCCGAGCUCCUUCAAUGGCUAGCAGGACUAAUGGAACCAGGUGCCACUUUACCCGGCGGCGUUGAAUCGGAGGAGCAGCGGGUUCUUCUCGUCCGUUCGGCGACCGAGUUUUUUGUGACCAAGGCAGCCAUUCGUAUUAAUCCCCGAAAACUGUAUGAAGCCGCUGCGGUUACGGCGGCAGAGCUACAGAAGGUAACCCGACUCUUGACAUUCCCAGGACAAAACGAAGCGGACAACGACGAGGAGGACCAAAGGGACCAGUACCGGAGCCUAAACCCCGUGGAUAUUGGCGAUAAAAUAGAGGAAUUGCGUAAGGCUCGGGAACUGGCCACAGACUUAACCCAGCGAGGCACAACCAUAUGCGAGAUGCUUUCGAAGGAACUGCUCCACAAGGAAUCGCUGAUGUCUCAGGCCCAACGACCCUUGGAGCUGCUCAGCGUGGAGCGGACCCUGAAGAACGCCAUCCAAGCUAGCCAAGUUCGCCUCCAAUCGAGUAGAGCCCAACUGGAGGCAGCCAAGGUGGAGCUCAAUGCUCUGGGCUCCAAGCUGCAGCGCCGUCGGGCGGAGCUCGAGCGAACCCGCCAAAGACUGGAGGCACUGCAGCGCAUUCGACCGGCGCACAUGGCCGAGUUCGAGGACUGUGAAAAGGAGUUGCAGGAGCUUUUCCAGCGCUACUUUCUCAGGCUGCAUGUACGCGAUGCUCUAAAGUCCCAGCUGGACCUGCGGACUAAACGUGCCACACCUAUCGCCUCACCCAUUCUGCAAAAGCCGGCAGAGAACUCAAUGCCCUUCAUCCCGGAUGGACUCAUCGAGGACGACGAUGACGAGGACGAUCUGGAUGACGAGGAUGAGGGCGAUGAUGGUGGCGAAGCACUUUCCCGCCUCGAAAUGGUGGUCAAUGGCAGGAGUGUCUUCGGCCUGGACUCGGAGAUACCCGACAUACGGGACGAGGACAAGCUGAUGCAACAGAACAGCGUGGUUUCCGCCCAGGGAAAACGUCCUGGUACCGCCACCUCCAGGAUUAGACCCACAACGGGUAGAAGCAGGAAGGCAGUCGGAGGUAAGGAAGUUCUAAUUUCACAAACCUAUUUACCAGCUCAAAUAACGAAAAUCCAAGGAAGAGGCGCAGCCGGCCCGGAUGGAGGUACUGAUGCCAGGGCAGCCCGCGGCUCCAGGAGAGGUGUUGCGACUGGAGGAGACGCCGGUGGCACCCAUCGAAACGGCCGCAACGGACCCGGCAGCAGUAUGCUCAACUCACGGGACGACGACAGCAGCUUCGGGAGCUCCGAAAGCGAACUGGAUGUGGGUGAGAUCAUGGGCAUGAGCGGAAUGAGUGGCAUGAGUGGCAUGAGCGCUAUCAGCGGGAUAAGUGGGAUGAGCAAUAUUGCCUUGGGAGCCGGCGAUGACGAUUUUGAUCUGAACUCGAUCGAUGACAUUAGCAUUUCAAAGUUAACUGGCGAACUGCCACUUAGACCGAAGACCGCCAAUAAAGCGGAGCACCACAGCGAUGAGGAUUUCUAGGGAUAACUAUUUAUAUAUAUUUACUAAUUUUAUAAACUCAGCCAGAAGGCACACAGGUUGUAAAAAGUAAAUAAAAUAUUC